AUGGCAUCUGUGGCAGAUGCGGUGGAUGAACCAAUGGCAAUGGCACUAGAUUUGCCUGAUGAGGAGGGAAAUACAAGAGAACAAGGAUGCCAGACGGACUGGGUACCGAUUGGGACAGCACCAACGGCAAUGACUAGUGGCAAGAGCACCCAAACAGGGAAAGUACAUCAUAGAUCAAAGGGACACCAGGUGACCCCAGAGAUCCUCGAGAGGGUUAGAGCCAGGGUUAGUGAAGUCCCAUCGCCAAGUGCAGCAGCUCCAUCUGACAGCCCCGAGAUGAAGCCCAACAUAGCAUCUCCAGGUGCGUCUGGAACGCAAGCCAAGCUACGACCACCUCCUGCAUUGUUUGAUGAAGGACCAGCAUCAAGUCCCGCUGCACCUUCUGAUAGUGGUUCUUCCGAUGUCAGUUAUGAGCCAAGUGGGUCAUCGACAUCGGAUCCGUGUCAAUCUGAAGGGCCGCCAGAUCCCACACGUACUCCCAAGAUGCGGGAAGAGGGCUGCCACAAGGAACCGAAGUACAUCUUCUUUGAAUCGUGCCUCCAGAGUCUUGUCAAUUGGUGUCACUGUCCAGCCUGUAGCAGCCAGGACAUAAGGCCUUCUUGGGAUUUGAACAGACCAUACAAUGUGCAUCAUGUGACCAGAGGAGUAGGUGGAGCAGCCAGCCAAACAUUGGCCCUUAUGCCGCAGGCAACAUCCUGCUAUCUGCUGGCAUACUCUUCGCUGUCGCAUCUUCUGGCAAGGUGUUGCAAAUGCUGA